AGUGUUAAAGGAUACGUUCGUUAUGUGCGCACUGUAAUAUACCAACGGAUGCAUCUACAUAAAAACAUAUAUACGACGAAUACAUCCCCCAAAUUAAAGUAGCAACAGUGAAGUGAACCAAAGUGAUAUACAAAUUUAGCCAUUUGUAAUACUGUUUUACCCUCAAAGCAUAGAAUUAAAUUGGAAAAAAAGAUAAGAAGACACAUUGCUACCUUUAACACCGACCCCGGCUUUCUUCACCGCCACUCAUCUCUUGUGUUCGUGAAUAAUUGUUGUUGUUUUUUUGUGUGUAAAUUUUUAUCGUCUUGCAGACGUCGUCGUAUUGCGUACGCGUCGCACUGCGCUGCGCUGCUAUACUCUGAACUGAAGUGAACAGAAUUGAGCUAAGCUGCGGUACUUCAAUCAAACUCAUCGUGACGCGAAUGUAUCAUUCCGUGUGCGCCCGUGAACAUGUUUACAUCCAAUGCUGGAACAACGGGUUGCUGAAAUUGUGGAAAUAAAGUGGAGUUACUAACUUAAGCUAAUAAAGUAAAAUCGAUUAAGUGCUCUGGAUGCUCACAACAAUAACAAAAAACGACUUGAAAAUAAGACUUUUUGAAAAAUUUCGAAAGUGAAGUGCUUCAAAUUUAAUUCAACAACUAACUACAUAUAUAUGCAUGUACAUAUAUUACAUUUUACCAAACAUAGCAGUGCUCUCUAAAAAGGAAAAUAAUUUAACAAACAAAAAAGUUACAGCCUUCGAAAAUUAAAAAAAAAAAUUUUAACUAGUGACGAAUAUAAAAAUUAAGUGAAUUUCUAUAAGCUUACCAAAGGAUAGCUAAGCACCCAAAUACGAGCUAAUACAAUAACUAAAAAAAUAUGCUUUAAAUAUAUAAGAAGUAUUUAAGGUUAUGAAAUAUAAUAAAAAAAUUGUUACUGUGAUCAAAGUGUUUAAAGCAAAAUAAAAACAUUUGCUGGCGUGACAUUUCUGCUCAAGACCAACCAACAAUUCUGGAAUAAAAUUGGCUAAGAAAAAACUUUGCGCAUAGCGACUAAUAAAAAGAUUCUAUUCAAAUAUGUACAUACAAAUGUACAUCUCAGUUUUGCUACUAAAAAUAUUUGAAUAAACGAACCAAUUCCACGGCAGCGUCCAAACGACACGCGACUGCGGGCACACGCAAACACAUACAUACGCACUUACAGUGUGAAUAACAGCAGCAAAAAUAUCGAAUAGCAACAACGAAAUGCUCGCCGCAGCAGCCACUGGUACACAAUCAUCAUUGGAAGCCAUCCAAUCGAACGUCACAAAGAUGGAACGACGUGACUCAUCGACGUCGGAAUCAUCCUUGGAACAUUUGGAUUUGGGACGUACACCAAAGAAGCUAAGCUCACACUCAUCAGCCACAUCCACACCACAUACGGCCACCAUUGGCAACAACAACACAAACAAAGCCAACAGCAAUGAACCAAAUACAACAGCAGAUGCCACGAGUGCGAUCAUCACAUCAUCCUCACCAUCGGAUCGCACUAGCGCUAGCGGCACCAAAACAUUGCUGUCUCACAAACGUCGUCCGCACGACUCCGACGAGGCUAAUGAUUAUGAUGAUGAUGAAGAGGAGUCGCCAGAUGAGCAGCGCAACAAACAGAAUGCGCUCAGCUCGCGAUCACAGCGACAUCACAAGCGUCGCUGCACAGCGCCGCGUCUAGAUAAACGCACUAGCGUGCAAUUGGAAUUCAAUGCGGAUGAUCCCAAUUCACUGCGUAAGAAGUUUCGCUUCAAUCGUAGUGCAUCCGCCACCGAACAAAUGACAAAUAAUAAUGAGUCUGGUUUCGUGGACGCCAGCUGUAGUAGUCAUUACCUGAAUGCAUCGGCAGUAUCCUUGGUGGCGGCGGCCGCAGCGACGGCAACAACAUCUGCUGCAUCCGCAUCGCUUAUGGGUAUUAACUCGACGCCACCUCAUAAUUCAAUGUCGGCAUCGACCUCAGCUUCUGCCUCGGCGAACGGUUCACACAGCUCAUCGUCGGCUGCUUCGUCACCGCGUGGCUGUGGCACCGGCUUGGCUGCAUCAUCCGCCUCGGUGUCCAGCCCAGAAUCAGGUAUCGGUGAUAGAGAACGCGAGGACAUGAAGUUUGUGUGCACCAUUUGCGAUGUGGUGUCGGCGACGCGACACGAGUUCACGAAUCACAUACGUUGCCACAACUACGCCUCUGGUGAUACGGAGAACUACACAUGCGCUAUCUGUUCCAAGGUGCUCUCCUCCGCCUCAUCACUGGAUCGACAUGUGUUGGUGCACACUGGCGAACGACCAUUCAAUUGCAAGUAUUGCCACCUCACCUUUACCACCAACGGCAACAUGCAUCGGCACAUGCGUACGCACAAACAGCAUCAGCACAAUCAUCAUCAUCGCCGCAACUCGAAUGGAACAAAACAUGCCAGCAAUAGUCAUAACAACAACAGCAACAACACAGCACAGUCUAGCAAUGCGACUGGCGCGGCUGUGAGUAGCGGCGCCGCAACCAACGCCUCCACUAACACCGCCACCAACACCACUUAUACGCAAUUAAGCCAUGGCUUGAUUAGUGAAGUUGUCAAAUCAUCAACAGCAGCAGCAUCAGCGGAAGCCAUGGAAGCAAUGACAGCAGAUGCUGGUACGGCCGCUGCGGCUGCCACUUUGAUAGGUAGCGCUGGCGGUGCAGGUGUUAAUGGUAAACGCUUACAUAGCAGCGGCGUAGAAAGUUGCGAAAGCGACGGUGGUUGCUCUACAGACACCUCAUCAAGUGCCAUUAGCAUUAGCUCAAAUCACAAUCAUAACAACAAAAAUAAUAACAGCGACAACAUUAACAAUAAUGCCGCCAACAAUAACAAUAAAAAUAUUAACGCAAAUCGAAAUAGUUUAGAUAGUUUUAAGCGUAAAUUCAGUGAUCUACACGAUGAAGCCGACGUUGAGGCUGACGACACGACAAUGAUGUUAGCGUUGAAGCGACGCAUGAAGACCACCAUAAACAACAACGUCAUCGGCGAGGAUGUGCAUGCAGUUGGUGCUCCUGUCGACCAUAAAACUGAAGGCGACGCAGUCGUAACCAAAAAAAUGCAUACAUCCUCCUCUGCAUCGGCGGCGUCAGAUGACGAGGACGCUGAGCAUAAGCCACACUUCCAGUACCCGGUUUGUCCUGUCUGCAAUGCUGAUGAAUUUGCGAAUAUGAACGCUUUGGAUCACCAUCUGGAGACUGCACAUGCUGAUAUACCAGCGAAGUGUCGCCUCUGCGCGGUGGUAUUCCGCAAACACAGUCAACUGAGCAUGCAUUUCUGUCCACAGAGUAUGCCCGGUAACGUUCAACUGCCGCUGAAGGAGUGCGUGAAGUGUAGCCGCAGCUUUCCCAAUAGCAAGGAUUUAGAGUUGCACACACGUGAAUGCGACUCUGCCGUGGUGCGACAUAAGCGGCGUAGUCGCAGCCUUAGCGAUAGCUACACGGUGCCGCCUCUGUCGGAAACCGAAAUCGAGGAGAAAACGAGUCUGGCACGCAACAACUUUUUUCGUCAGCUCUAUUUGCAAAGUCAAAAACCUUUCUGCGCACAGAGUAUGAUCUCACUGCCCUCGCCUCUGCACUCGGCUAACGAGGAGGGAGAUGCGGGUAAUGUAAGCAGCACCGAUAUCAAACAAGAAGCAGAUACUGAACCGACAGAUCAAUUGUCGAGUAACUUGCUCUCACAACAAUCGCACGACUCGAAAGAUUUGGCCGAUAUCCAAUCCAUACUCAAUAUGACUUCGUCAUCGUCCACUUCGAAUUUUCUGAAGAACUUUGAGCAAUCGGUGAACACACCUUCCAGCAAUUACAGUUUGGAUAAAGACGAGGAGGAGGCACAAGAUGCCUUUACAUCUGAGUUUCGUAAAAUGAAAUUGCGUGGUGAGUUUCCGUGCAAACUUUGCACUGCAGUUUUUCCGAAUUUGCGCGCGCUAAAGGGCCACAAUCGCGUGCACUUGGGUGCUGUAGGUCCGGCGGGACCGUUUCGCUGCAACAUGUGCCCUUACACGAUAUGCGAUAAGGCUGCGCUUGUGCGUCACAUGCGCACGCACAAUGGCGAUCGUCCCUACGAAUGUGCAGAGUGCAAUUAUGCCUUCACCACAAAAGCCAAUUGCGAACGCCAUCUGCGCAAUAGACAUGCGAAGACUACACGGGAGGAAGUGAAGCGUGCCAUCAUUUACCAUCCAUCCGAAGACUCAACCUGCGAAGAUCCCGCAAAAAAACUGCACAUGUUCUCUUCGCCCGACUUUGAUGAUGACAUGGAGUUGCAAUACCAGCAACAUCAUCCCAAAGAUCGUUCAACACCCGUAUCGCACCUUAAGGAAAUGUUAACCGCCGAAAGUCCGUCAGCGAAGCCAAUGAAGAUACAAGUAAAAAGUUUGGAGCAAUUACUUGAUAAGUCCACCGGUUUAGUCGGUAGCUACAAUGAGUCUUAUGAAGAACGCCCUGCGCCACCCAGCAUGCAACAUUUGGAAGCCGCACCAAUCGAUCUGAGCAUGGACGUUUUGGAUCUUAGCAAAAAGCCCGCAGUUAAACCGAUUGAAAAAGAGGUCGUGGCCGCGCCAAUGCCAAUGGCGGAAAACGGCAUCGAUGCUGAGAAAAAGCUCGAUAUUUUUUCGUAUGUUAAGGAGAAUCUGAAUAUGCCAAAAAUGCUUGAACUCUGGAGCUUGUCGGCCCAAUUCCCCUUCAUGCCCGACUUCCGUCCACUGAUGAAUCAAAUGUUCGCUGGCACUGCUGCUGGCAACCCAUUUGUACAGCCCGGUAUUGACAUGAAUAAAGCAAAUAUGCCCGCACCACCAAACAUGAGCGCUCCAAUGCUACCGCAUUUGAGCUCACUAAUGGCUGAUAAGCUAAAUACGCAUCCACAUUCUGCACCUGAUCCAAAUGUAUUGAACCAGAUGCUACCCAAAUCUUUAAUGACACCUCCUGCUCCCAAUACUAAUAUGAACAUGCCACGUCACUCGCACAUUCCACCGACUGUACUGCCAGGUGGACCUGUGAAAAUGGUCAUAAAGAACGGCGUGCUCAUGCCAAAGCAAAAGCAACGUCGUUACCGCACCGAGCGACCAUUCGCCUGUGAGCACUGCUCGGCGCGCUUCACACUACGCUCAAAUAUGGAGCGGCACGUAAAGCAGCAACAUCCACAAUACUACGCACAACGCCACCGCAGUGGGCAUCAUGCUAUGCGUGGCCGCGGCGCCAGCGGUGCGGCAGCGAUGAAUAGCAUCACCCACUUGCAGGCGGCAUUCGCUCAAGCGCACAAUCAAGCCGGUCAAGGGCAGGGCAAUGGACUGGGCGCCUCGCCUAUAUCCGAACAAGUGAAGUAUGCCAUACUAGCGCAGCAGCUGAAGGCGCGCAAGGACACCGACCUGCUGCAACAAGCUUUGGCACACGGCUCAAGCAGCAUAGGAAAUAAUCACCAUAUGUUGUUGAAUGCCACCGCCGCACUCGGACCGCUUGCGCCACCAAACGGGCUGCAAUUCCCAUUCAACCAAUUGGGUCAGCCAACCAACAUUAACGGCUCCAUCGAAGACGACGAACCGAAAUUGAUUAUUGAUGAGGAUGAAGAUGACGAUGAUGUCGAAGAAAUACUCGAUGACAACGAAGAGGAGGAGGAGCUACAGAUCGCUAACGAAAAUGUCGAAAAUAUGCGUAAAGCUCAGCCACAACCGCCUGCUGUUGAAGAACUAAAGAAUACGCCACCUGGCAGUGAGUGCACUAACGAGACGGCGAAGAAAGUGGCAGAAACAAUACUGGAGCAGGCUAUCAAAACCGGGCAAAAACUAAAUUCAGCGUCUAGUAAACCCAAUGCAACAUUAGCAGCCAAGCCUGCACCUGCUAAGCCCAUUGUGCCAGCAAGUCCUGCCGCACCCAUUGCACCUGUCACACCGGCCAAUACAAUGAAAGCCAUGAUCGCUCAAGCCGAAUCUGUCGGAAAAUUCCUAAAAGAAGUGGCCAGCUCACCGUUCAAAGACGAGUCUCAGGACUUGGUGCCAGUGUCCAAGCUGGUCGACAAUGCUACCAGCAACGCCGUUUCAUUCAACAACUAUUUCCGACCCAGUGACGUGGCCAAUCACAUGGAGCAAAGCGACGAGGAGGGCUUGGUUGCUUCCGGCAGCGCCAGUGAAAGCAAUAACUCCGGUACCGAAGAUGUAGCCACGCCAGUUGAACCGAAAAAGAAAUCUGCCUAUAGCUUGGCUCCGAAUCGCGUCUCAUGCCCCUACUGCCAACGCAUGUUCCCUUGGUCUAGUUCCUUGCGCCGACACAUACUUACGCACACCGGUCAAAAGCCAUUCAAGUGCUCGCAUUGUCCACUACUUUUCACCACGAAGAGCAAUUGUGACCGCCAUUUGUUACGUAAGCACGGCGAUGUGGAAUCGGCGGUGUCUGUGUAUGUGCCAACCGAAGAUGUGAACGAGCCGAUACCGGUGCCAAAGUCGGUCGAAGAGAUCGAACAGCAGCAGCGACAGCGCGAAGAGGAAAAACGGAAGCGCAAAGCCGAAGAGGCGCAGUUGGAACGCGAACGGCGCGAGAAGGACCAACGUUUACAGCACGAGCAAGAACAACAAAGCAAACUGCUCAAACAAUUGGCUGUAGCACAGCUACAACAACAACUUAAUGUCUCAAUGAGCGCAGCCAAUACCAGCAGCGCAGAUGCUGAUGCACGCGCCAAAGAGAAUCUUUCACAACUGAAUGCCGAUUUGCCCUACAAGUGUCACCUGUGCGAAAGCUCCUUUGCCGAGCGUUUCAACUGCCUGGAGCACAUCAAAAAGCAACAUGCACCGGAAUUUACGCUGUUGCUAUCCAAAGGCGCCAUCGCCAGCGAAGCAGAAGCCAACCAAACACAACUGAUCGAAGAUGAGGAACGACGCAUAGGCGAAGAAGUGAAUGGUUUCACUUCAUUGUUGCCCAAAUUACCAGCUUACACCAAUCGCAAGGUAAUCUGCGCCUUCUGUGUGCGACGCUUCUGGUCUACCGAAGACUUGCGGCGUCACAUGCGUACACAUUCGGGUGAACGACCAUUUCAGUGUGAGAUCUGCUUGCGCAAAUUUACGCUCAAGCACAGCAUGUUGCGUCACAUGAAGAAACACACUCAUCGUGGCCAAAAUGGCGUAACUGGUAGCGAUGCUUCCACCACCGGCAACAGUGGAUCCGACUUCUCAGACGAUGAACAAAUGCCUACACCGCCCACGUCUACGCUCAACAAUACCGUCACGACGGCAACGACAACAGCCAAUGCGAUCGCGUCCGCAUCUGCGUCUGCGUCGGUGACUGCGCUGCGUACACCGAAAAUACAGGAGUUGCUGAGCAAAGCAAAUGAGUGGCGUAGCAGUAAUUUGGGUGGUGAGCAGAAGGAGAAUAUUGCCGAGGAGCAGCCAAAUGGAUUGCAUAACGAUUUAAUUGGUAAUCUGCUGGGCAUCAGCGACCAAGGUAUACUAAACAAAUUACUCUCGUCUGCCGAUGAAGCGGCCAAACUAUUGGGUGUGGAGAAGUGAGCUGCUAGUUUUGUAGGUCAACUGAGUGAUGAGCUACGCAGAAUGCAGUUUACUUUGCUGCUCAAGCCUGCAUUGACUUUAUCUAGUCAAAACUGAAACAAAAUAUACAACAAUACAAUUAAGACACACAAAUAGCACUUAAAAAAUGUAAAAAUAAACGGCUCAGAACUUGAAGCCAUUAGGCAGCUAGCGCCAAAAAAAAACCAACGUUUAUCGUAGAAAAGCAAAGUCAUGCAAGUUUAGUAAUAAAGUUAAUGCCUAUAAAUAUAUGAUAAUACGUACAUAAUCUAAUAAAUACCUACUUAGAAACGCAGAGUAAGAAAUGUAGAUAUUCAAAAUGUGAAAUUUGUAACAUUUUCGCCAAGCAGGAUAAAUGAAUUCACUAUAAAAAAAUAAGUAACUCCUACGCUAAGAUCGUCUGCUAGGGGAUAAAGUUGCUAAAUAUACUUACAUGCAUAUAAAUAUAUAUGAAGAGCACACUUUUCCAUGUAUUUUUGUGUAGAGCAAAUAAUUUAGCCCCCACUUGUCAACUGGCAUUCGAUCUUUGCAGCCACUUGCACCCAUACAUACACACAUAUUUUAUGCAAUUGAGCCCAAGUUUUCUCGCGCUUUAAAAUUAACUGAUAAAUUAUUUUUUUAUUGCAUACAAAACUAUUCAACGAAACCUAAACGUAAGUCCUUUUAACGUUGCUCUGAAAUUCAGAGCAUCUCAUUUCAAUUAUAAGCAGCCCUUUUGCAACAAAUGCGCCGCCGCCAAACUUACACUGCACCCUUAGUUUCUGUGUUGCCUGCGGAUUAUUAUUAGUAAAUUUAGUUUAGUUAGUUACUACUUACCUACGUAUAAAGCACAAAAGUGCAAUUGUAAUCAAAUUCACCCACAAAAUAUAUACCAAAGCUUUUCUACAUAAUAAAUAAAAAUGUAAAAUAUUAUUCAUAAAAGUAUCAUAAAAAUAGCAGCAUAGACAUCCUUUGCACAGUUAGCAAAAGUUGAAAUACUUAACUUACGUAAUUUAUUUAGCGUAUCGAUAUUUGUAUGUUUUUAUAAUACAAAUUUUUUAAUAGACUUUUGCCUAAUUUUGAGGUUAUGCUUGACAAAAGAAAAGACUUAAAAUAUAUAAAUGUUUUAGUAUAAAUACUUAGGUGAAUAUGUUUAAGCAACGAAGAGUAACUGUAAAAUUCCUUCAAUACAAUUGACAUGUACUUAAACGAAUAUGAAAUGAAGUGAAAUUUAGCAUAGGACACAAGCACUUAAUUGAACAAUUUUGUAUGUAUAUUUGAGUGAGGCCUUCAAACCGCAAAGUGGCUUAAAAGAUACUUACAUAUUUAAUGCGAAAAAAAAAACGAAAAUUAAUUACAAACCUAAAGUACUUAAGCUAAUGUAGUUUACAAACCUAACCUGCGGAUUUUACUUAAAAUUAUCUUACGACCAAAUUUUUUUAAGUUUUAUUUGUCGCUUUGUACUUAUUAAUGCUAAUUUUAUUGGUGUUAUCCGCUCAUUUGUGUUUUUGGAGCGUAUAAAAUGUAAUUUUUUAUAAAUGUAUUUAUUGAAAACCAGCAGCAAGGAGAAGCUUAAAAUAUGGCCUUAAAUUACUCAAUUACAAGUUAAUAAAAAAAAGUCUAAUAAAAAACAAAACUUUAUACAGCAAUAACCAAAGUAUUCUUUCGUCAAAAUCUAAUUAGAAUUUAGUGCUUAUACAUACAUACAACUGAGAUAGUAUAGCUCAGCAUUUGAUUAAAAUUAAUAUAAUUGAAUUCUUUAAGAAAACAUUGAUAUACUUGAA